AUACACCCUACCAAAACCAAAUGCCAAAAAAAUAGGCAAUCAAAAAUAAAUACACAAAUGAUAGAUUGCUUUUCUUUCUUUUUUUCGUUUUGAAAGUAGAUAGAAUGCUUAUUGUAUUUGAUUUCUCGUUCCACCUAGUACUUUGCGGGCCAUUGUCGAGGAAGCGGAAUCGUUUGUGCCACCCCGCGAAAGGAAGCGACUUUCAUGACCUAACCAUGUAGAUACAAGUCUCAGUCACCAAAUCCAGAAAAGGGUCUCCCUGAUAACGCGGAUUGCCCAUCUGGGUCAGGCGGAUUUGAUCUCAUGGAGGCCGAGAACUACUCGGAAGAGUUGGAUGUGGCCGUGAGAGUUGUUCACUUGGCCUGUUCUCUGUGUCAGAGAGUGCAAGAGGGUUUGGUUUCUGCGACCAGUGAUAAUGUUAAGUCCAAGGACGAUGAUUCGCCUGUCACUGUUGCAGAUUGGAGUGUGCAAGCAAUGGUUAGCUGGAUACUAUCCGAGCACUUUGGUAGCCAAAACGUGUCCAUUGUUGCCGAAGAAGAUGUCGAAACUCUUUCCAAUCCUGAUUCAGCCGGUCUGUUAGACGUGGUAGUAACCACUGUCAACAAAUGCUUAGCUGAAGCUCCAAAGUUUGGUCUUAAAAAGCCAGCCAAGACUCUGGGGAAUUCCCAAGUUCUUAAUGCCAUCAGCCGAUGCAACUCAAGUGGAGGCCCUAAAGGAAGGCACUGGGUCCUUGACCCUGUUGAUGGGACAUUAGGGUUUGUCCGUGGGGACCAGUAUGCCAUUGCUUUAGCCUUGAUUGAGGAUGGAAAAGUUGUUAUUGGAGUUCUUGGGUGCCCUAAUUACCCAAUGAGGAAGGAAUGGCUAAAUUACCAUCACGAACACUAUCGAGCUAUGACAGAGUCAUUGCUGCCCUCUCCUCAUUCUUGGGAUGUAGGAUGUGUGAUGUAUACGAGGAGAGGUUGUGGCAAAGCAUGGAUGCAGCCAUUAAUCCACGGCGAUGAGACGCUUGAGUGGCCAAACUUUGCAAAAAGUAUUCAGGUUUCUUCCAUUGAUGAUCCAGCACUGGCGACUUUUUGUGAACCAAUGGAGAGAGCGAAUUCAAACCACUCCUUCACCGCUGGACUUGCUCACAGCGUUGGGCUUAGAAAGAAGCCCUUGCGUGUUUAUAGCAUGGUGAAAUACGCAGCCAUAGCUCGGGGAGAUGCUGAAAUUUUCAUGAAGUUUGCAACAGCUGGAUACAAAGAGAAGAUAUGGGACCACGCUGCUGGUGUUCUCAUUGUUGAAGAGGCUGGGGGUGUGGUGACCGAUGCAGGGGGACGCCCUCUGGACUUCUCAAAGGGAAUGUACCUUGAAGGCCUCGAUCGUGGCAUCAUUGCUUGUUGCGGGGUACCAUUACAUGAUAAAAUCGUCGGUGCAAUUUUUGCGAGUUGGGAUUCUUCUAACCUCUAAGGGCCUGAUAAGUAUGAAGACAUUUUGAUAUGCGUCCAUACCGCACUGAGUUGUGACAUCUUAAUGGCGACUGACUGAGGAUUAUGAGAGCCCUAACCCACCAUCUGCUCAUUUUUCUGGCAGCAGGCGUAGUCUGAGUAAUGGUAUAGCUUCAGUUUUUGCCGUUUAGUUGUUUCGCAUGUCUAGAUGUGACUUGCGGAACAGUGGUGGAUCCUCGAUUUCUUCAUUGUUAUGUUGGUUAUGUGACCAUAAGCUGAUAUCUUGUAAGGACAUGGUGCAGCAUUUUGAUGCACACCAUUCUGCAACUAAUUCGUGUAUUGAAAUAGAAAUCUCGAAAUCAGAGAAAGCGGUUUGUGCUCAA